AUGAAGACCUCUACAGCUGUUUUAAGCCUUUCUCUGGCGGUUUCCGCGUUUGCGCAAGUCCAGCCGGCUGGUGUGACCCAGCCUAUCGUGGAGAAAUGUGGUUCUAAUGGCAGUGUUGUCUGCGUGAACAAAUAUAGCGCUGUUCUACCCUACCACUUCAAUCGGUCCAUCUCGAACAAUAAGGCCGACUACGAUUACCGCAAUACCAGUGUUGGCAAUGCAUCCACUUGGGACCUUCUGGGACCUGCCGACUUUGUCGUCUUUGACCGAGAGCGCGGCUUGCAAUAUCUCGGAGACAGCCCAAGCUAUGAGUUUAUGUUCCCUGUCUCGAGUGCCGUGCACGAAGCUCCAAUCUAUGCGCCCAAGCAGAACCUGCUAUUUAUUUCUCAACUGGCUCCACCAACAGGCGUCUUGCCUCAACUCGUCGUUGAUCUCAACCAAAAUCCGCCAACCUUGAGCAACUACACCCCCAACCCACCCAUAUAUGCACCCAACGGCGGUACCUUCCGCAAUGGUGAACUGCUCUUUGCUGCAAGCGGCGGCAUUGACGAGCUGGGAGGAACUGAGCAAAGGGUCUCACUGCGAACGGUUGACCCUGCCACAAACAAGUCAACUGUGCUGUUGAACAAUUAUUUCGGAUUCUAUUUCAAUAACAUGGAUGAUGUGGUGGUUCAUCCAACCACGAGAGAUAUCUUCUUCACGGAUCCAGACUACAGUUACUUCAAUGCUCUGACUGAUACUGCACCGCAACUGCCAGCUGCAAGCUACCGGUUUGACCCAGCUACAGGUGCAGUGUUCCUCAUUGACGACACGCUCAUGCAACCCAACGGAAUCGCCUUCAGCCCUGAUGGUCAAACGCUAUACAUCUCCGACACAGGAGCCGUCUAUGGCACAAUAGCACCUGGCUAUGGAGGUGAUGGUACUCAGUUCAAUACGACCGCACCACGCACAAUCUACGCGUUUGAUGUUACGAACAAUGGCACAAGAGUUUCGAAUAAGAGAUCAUUCUAUCUCGCGCAAGAUUGGGUUCCUGAUGGAUUGAAGGUCAGCAAGGAAGGUCUCGUCCUCACUGGCUCGGGACACGGUGUUGAUGUGAUUGACGAUGUUGGUCAACUUAUCAUGCGUAUUCAGACCAACUACACCGUCCAGAACUUUGCCUGGACUGGCGAGAAUCUCUCGACACUCUGGCUCAUGGGCAAUAAUGGAAUCAGCAAGGUGGAAUGGAAUAUCACAGGCCAAACUUUGGUUUGA